AUGAAUCAUGAAACGGGGAGGGAGGAGAUGAAUCAUGAAACGGGGAGGGAGGAGAUGAAUCAUGAAACGGGGAGGGAGGAGAUGAAUCAUGAAACGGGGAGGGAGGAGAUGAAUCAUGAAACGGGGAGGGAGGAGAUGAAUCAUGAAACGGGGAGGGAGGAGAUGAAUCAUGAAACGGGGAGGGAGGAGAUGAAUCAUGAAACGGGGAGGGAGGAGAUGAAUCAUGAAACGGGGAGGGAGGAGAUGAAUCAUGAAACGGGGAGGGAGGAGAUGAAUCAUGAAACGGGGAGGGAGGAGAUGAAUCAUGAAACGGGGAGGGAGGAGAUGAAUCAUGAAACGGGGAGGGAGGAGAUGAAUCAUGAAACGGGGAGGGAGGAGAUGAAUCAUGAAACGGGGAGGGAGGAGAUGAAUCAUGAAACGGGGAGGGAGGAGAUGAAUCAUGAAACGGGGAGGGAGGAGAUGAAUCAUGAAACGGGGAGGGAGAGAUGA